AUGAAGUCUAAGUCUGCACUGGCCGGGCUCGUGACCUCUGGCAUAUUGCUCCUCCUCCAAAGCUCGCCCGUCUGCCAGGCAGCGGUCCUCAAUCCUCCUCAUCAAUCCGCAUCGUCAAGUGGCAACCCAUCCAACAUCUCCCGGUUCCCAAUGCUGACGCGGAUUUGCGACGGCGCCCUCGAGUUCUUCUGGGGCCGUCGCCGAUUGAGAGAAGGAUCGAAUCAGUCACCGACUUAUACUGCGUCGCGAGCCACGUACGCCAACCAAGUCGUGCUGAGAUUCAACAUCACAGACGACGGCCAAGAAGCCGUUCUUGCGGCAGCCGCGUCAAGGCUAUUCCUGGACGUGUGGGCGCUUACAACCGACUUUGUCGACAUUCGCCUGCACCGCGAGGAAGUGCCUUCACUGAUGGGUCUACUUCCGUCUUCACUCCAGGCCGCUUCGACUACCCUAAUCUCGGACCUUGCAUCCGCCGUUUACAACUCUGUGCCGCACCACGAUCGGGGGGCAACUGCCGAAGCCGAUGAUUUGUCAUUGCCCCGCUCGUUGCUGGCUGCUGACAGCGACAACAUCUUCUUCCAGGAUUACCAACCGUUGCCGGUGAUUGUUCGCUGGAUGCGGCUUCUUGAAGCCAUGUUCCCUUCGUUUGUCGAGUACAUCUCCAUAGGAAAAUCGUUCGAGGGAAGGGAUAUAUCCGCCUUGCGUCUCAGGGUGUCCCCCGUUUCUGUUGACUCGGGCCCGCGAAAGACGAUAGUGGUCACUGGUGGCCUGCAUGCCAGAGAGUGGAUAUCCACAAGCACCGUAAAUUACUUGGCGUGGUCCUUCAUCAUGUCGUUUGGAAAUGAACGCAUGAUCACAAACUUACUCCACGAGUUCGACAUGGUCUUUGUACCAGUAGUCAACCCUGACGGCAUGGAGUACUCAUGGCGGGUAGACCGGCUGUGGCGAAAAUCGCGGCAACAGACCAGUUUGCGUUACUGCCCAGGCUUCGACUUGGAUCAUACGUUUGGAUACGGGCGGGAUGGGCCACAGUCUCAGGCGCAGGCCGAUCCUUGUUCAGAGAGCUAUGGAGGAGAGGAACCUUUUCAAGCCGUGGAAGCAAGGGAGCUGGCGGCAUGGGCUCGUAACGAAACCCUGAACAAGAUCAAGUUCGUCGGGCUCCUGGACCUUCAUUCAUAUUCUCAGCAAAUUCUUUUCCCGUUCACCUUCUCCUGUCAGGAGAGACCCCCAAACCUGGAAAGUCUAGAGGAGCUGGCCGCAGGCAUUGCCAAGGCCAUCCGCAUAGCAAACGGGGAGUCGUACUCGGUUUCGUCUGCCUGUGAAGUCGCCACGACCGCAACUGAAGGCCGCGUGGCUGGUCAUCAGUCUGCAUUUCGCAUCGAGUCAGGCGGAGGCUCUGCUAUCGACUGGUUUUACCAUGAACUGAACGCCCACUUCAGCUACCAGCUCAAACUCCGCGAUACAGGUAGCUACGGCUUCCUUCUGCCCAAGGAAUACAUUGUCCCCACCGGCGAAGAGGUAUUUAGCGCCUUGAAAUCCUACGGUGACUAUCUUCUCGGCAAUAACGGAAUCGAAAGGUUACUGGAUGAUGAGGAAUCCGAUUUCCAGAUCAAUGCGACUUCGAGCGAUGCCACCUUGACAACGAAUCAAGAACUUAGACGACGAAGGUUGUGA